GCGCUUACUAACACUGCUAAACAUUUGUUAAACACCGCUAAACACCGCUAGCGCCCAAGAAAAACAGCCCAAGUUCCACCCAAACGUACCCACGCCCCUGCCGCAAAAUGUUGACCGCAUAACGUUUACCAGCCAAACCACUCAAACCACCCAAAUCGGUCCCCUGCAAAUUUCAUAUGCCACCGACCACCGACGCGUACUCCCGCCCUUCCGGGCCAAAACGAAAAAGAAAGAUCUCCUGAGCUGUGAAGAAUAUAACUUGCACCCCAAUCCCAGAGCACACUUAAAAGAGCUACAACUCCCUUUGCAAGCUUCAAUUAUUUAUUAUCGCCCUCGACUACCGUUUAUACACAUUGCAAACUCUUCACUGCGGUACUCGCUCCGCUGUGAAGACCGUUGCUGCCUGUUAUUUAGUUGGGCCCCAUAUCCACCCUCCCCUCCUUUUUGUCGAUUAAGCUAUUCGCCGCUCACCCUACCCUCGAGAUCUCGAGUCCCGACACUCCUAAAAGCACACAUUAUUUGCUUUAUUAUCGCUGUCUGUCCCUUCAAACAUCAUCAUCAUGCCGUCACGGACUCUCCCAACAUUCACCAAGGCGGAGGUCGAGUCGCAUAACACCGCCACAGACUGCUAUGUCACCCUGGGCGAGAAAGUCAUCGACCUCUCCGACUUUGUCGACUCACAUCCCGGUGGUGGAGAUCUGAUCCUCGAAUACGCUGGAAAGGAUGUCACAGAGAUUCUGAAAGACGAGGUCUCGCACGCACACUCGGACGCUGCAUACGAAAUCCUCGACGACGGCCUCAUUGGCUUCCUCUCCGACGAAUCCACAGACUCGAGUCUCAAGCGCAGAAACGUGAACCAAGCCACACUAAACGGGAACGGAGCAGCAAACGGCAAAGCCACCGGCGCCCUCGACGACGAGGGGCGCAUGGUGUACGAGGCAACCGGAGUCGGCUCCGCGGAGGACCUGUCCAAGGACACGGAUCUCGUCGACGACUACAAGAAAUACAAGUUCCUGGACCUGAACAAGCCGCUCCUGAUGCAAGUCUUCUUUGGAGGCUUCAGCAAGAAAUUCUACCUCGAGCAGGUCCAUCGGCCCAGGCAUUACAAGGGUGGCGAUUCCGCGCCCAUCUUUGGAAACUUCCUCGAGCCGCUUAGCAAGACUUCUUGGUACACGAUUCCGAUUCUCUGGCUCCCGCAGGUGGCGUAUGGAUUAUAUCUGUCUCAUGAGGGCCUGGGUAACUUGGGGGUUGUCGCCUUUUUCGGAUUGGGUCUGUUUAUUUGGACACUCCUGGAGUAUGGCCUUCACAGAUGCCUCUUCCAUCUCGACCAAAAACUCCCAGAUAACCGCGUGGCCAUCACCCUACACUUCCUCCUCCACGGCGUCCACCACUACCUCCCCAUGGACAAAUACCGUCUCGUCAUGCCCCCCACCCUCUUCCUCGCCCUCGCAACCCCCUUCUGGAAGCUCGCCCACACCAUCUUCGCAUUCAACUGGUACAUGGGCACCGCCGUCUUCUGCGGCGGCGUCUUCGGAUACGUGGUGUACGACCUGACGCACUACUUCCUGCACCACGCCAAGCUCCCCGAGUUCUACCAGGACACGAAGAAAUGGCACAUGCAGCACCACUUCAUGGACUAUGAGAACGGCUUCGGCGUUACGAGCCGCUUCUGGGAUAGAGUCUUUGGCACGGAGCUUAUCAUGACACAGCCGGCGCCCAAGAUCGUGAAGUCGACUUGAGGAUUUGA